AUGUCAGACCAACCAGACGCACCGCCAAAGAAAGUUGGCUCUCUCAGAGACAGGAUCGCCGCGUUCGAGAAAGCUGGGGCAAGUGCACCAGCGCCAGCGCCAGCACCAGCGCCCCGACCCAAGCCAGCUGGCUUCUCGACCUGGAAACCGAAGCAACCUUCACCGCCAUCGACUCCCACAACAGCAGACAAUGCAUCUACACCCUCCAAACCAGCAUCCGGCGGUAUGUCGGUCUCGGAUGCGAAGGACAGCAUCGUAAAAGGUGGUAGUCUCAAGGAACGAAUGGCUGCUCUUCAAGGGAAAGGUGCAUUUGGAGCACCACCCCCUCUUGCACCUAAACCGGCUCUGGAGAAGCCCAAAUGGAAGCCCCCGCCAGUGGUGUCUCCGCCGGUUGAUGAUGACGACGAUCGUCCUGCAGAUCCAGCAGCAGCUGCAGCUGCUGCGCUCGCAAGAGCCUCAUCACCUCCACAGCCCUCUUCGCUGAUAUCAGACUCGAGUGAACGGCGAUCCUCAGAGGAAGCAACCGAGAAGGAAUCCAACGAACAGACAGGAGAAACCGACCCAGACGAAGAAGAACGGCAGCGACGAGCAGCGAUCGCUGCCCGCAUGGCGCGUUUAGGGGGGACGCGUGUGGGGAUGGCUCCGAUCUUUGGCAAGCCGCCGCCACCACCACCGACGAAGAAACCCUCGCUUCCACCCAAUGAUGAUGCUGCCAAGGCGGAACCAACCAAGGAGACGGCCUCCCCACCACCUCAACCACCGAAGGAAGAACCCCAGACCGAGGCUGAAGCGGCCACCAUCACAGAAGAAGUCACUGAGUCUAAGUCUACGGAGGCAAUCCCUGCUUCAGUUAGCUCGAGUGAAUCCCAUGGCUCGAAGAGUCCCCCUUCCAUGCCUGUACCUGCUAUGCCUCGCCGAGCUGCUCCACCUCGCAAGAAGGCAUCCAAGCCUCAGCAACCACCGCCGCCGCCGCCGCCACCACCACCAGUGGAAGUCGCUGCUCAAGACGCUGUCGUUUCUCAGGAGUCCGAAGAGCCAUCUCAAGCUCAGGAGAAGGUUGUCAAGGAAGAGGUUGACGUCAAGCCUGAUGAUGUAUCUCAGGAGCAUGAAGAUAAGGGGGAGUCUGUCGUUCCCGAAACCCUCAAAGAUACCCAGGAAGCUGCAUCCUCUGUGACUCCGACGGAAGACACCGAAGUAAGCGGCCAAGUACCCGAACAUGCAUCGGCGGACUCUUCCGUCGAAGCCCAACCUCCUGUCCAGCAGCCAGCGCAAGUAUCGGAAGAGGUCCAGACAGUGGAUGAGAAGCAUUCUGGCAAAGACGUCGAGGAUGGCGAAUCUGAAGAAAGUGAAGAGGAUGAAGAAACGAGGAAGAGAAAGGUUGCUGAUCGCCUCGCAAGGAUGGGUGCUGUCAAUCCGUUGGCCUUGCCCAGACGAGAUUCAUCUUCCGCUGCUCCUCUCUCAUCCUCUCCACCCACGACUGCGGACGAGAAGGGAGAGCAACCUCUUCCAGUUGAAGAAGCCCAGCACGUCCCGGCCGAAUCCGUCGCACCCUUGUCGCCUGAACCGGAACUUGCAGCUUCGAUUCCCGAGAAACUUGACGAUGCGGCAACAAGAGAGGAUGAAACAAAACCCAUUGAACCCUCUUCUGAAGUUGCUGGGAAAGCAGAUACGAGCGAUGCCACUACCAGGUGUAUUGAUGCAGUGGAUUAUGUAGAAGAAAGCCAAUACGACGAUAACGAUUCUGGAGCUGCCCCAGUUGUCACAUCUACAAUCCUCCAAAGGCAAUCUCUUGCUCAACUCACGGGUGAAUCUGUGGCCGAGGUGGAGGACACCAUCCCUGUACCGCCGCCUCGAGUUUCGCACUUGGCUUCGGUAGAAGAUCAGACACCUCGCAAUCUCGAUGCCAGCGCCGAUCCAGAGGAAAACUCAGAGGAAGAGAACGAAGUCCUUGUCCGUUCGCAGAUUCUAGUCCCACCACCUGGAUUCCCUCGUUCCCCGCCUACCGACGUUCAGGCAGGACAAGUCGAGAGUAAUGACGAUGGUCAUCAGCCUCCUUUGCCUGUCCCGCACAGGGUCUCGAGUGAGCGACAAGAUGUUGGUGCGGCGGAAGAACAGCAGCCAUCUCCAGUCCUACCAAGGAGCUUCCCGCCAUCGCCUCCUCCAGCGGAAGAAGCUUCAGAUAAUGAGGAAGCCCUUCCUGUUCGUCCCAUGUCGUCGGCCCAUCGAUCUGAAGGACAGACCUCCGAUGCUGAAGCACCCCUCAUUGUCCCUCCACCGGUAAUGCCUAAGUCUCCAACCCCUGUUAAUCAGGCACCACCUCACAACGCUCCUCCUACCCAAACGGUGCAUCAAUCCGACAGUGUCCGAUCAUCAAGCAGUCAAUCCUCUCUCAAGGUGCCAGGUACAAGAGAAAUUCUUGAUGAAGAGGAAGGAGAUCCCAUUGAUCCAUCCUUCCACAGCCCGAGCCGCAGGACCUCCGCUGUCCUCUCUUCUUCUACUGACGCAACGCCACCAGAACCCCAAGCGACAACUGAAGAGCCCGCCAUCGCAGCCAAAGAACCGACUCCACUUCCCAGGGAAGAGGCCCAAGAAGAUGAGGAUGCCGAGGCUGCACGACGAAGGACCAUCGCUGAGCGUAUGGCAAAGCUGGGAGGUAUUAAAUUUGGUGCCGCCCCGCCAGUUCUUCCAGGUCGUCGUCCUACGCUACCAACAGCGGCCGAGGAGGAAAGCCGCCGCUCCGAGGCUCAGGAAGAAUUCCAAGACACCGGAGGAAAUUCAGACCUGACCGAAGAAGAAGAGGAACGGGCACGGAAGGAGAGAAUUGCUACUAAGCUGGCAGGUAUGGGUGGGAUGCGCAUCGGGAUGCUCCCUCCCACCUUCCCGACUCGCAAAGCAAGCGUCCCGCAAGAACCGGAGCCGGAACCUAGUGCACCGAAAUCGCCUCCACCACCCACCAGGGCACCUCCUUCUCGACCCCCGCUGCCUCCACAAGUUGCCGACAGCGAAUCCGAGGAAGAAAGCCUCGCCUCGUCCGUCGAUGCGGUGAAGGUCGAAGCAGAGGAAAGUGAGAUGGAGGAAGUUCAUCACGAAGAUGCUCAGCCUGAAGAAGCGCCGCCCCCACCUCCGGCACGAGGAGCACGUCAGAUUCGCAAGGAAUCUCUGGACACCCCGAGCUCACCACCUCCGCCUCCCACUCGCCCACCAGUACCAGCGGGACUUCCUGCUCGUAGAGCCAGCAACCAGACUAUCUCCUCGCAGAGACGAACAUCGGGCGACUCUACGGUCUCGUCCCCUCCUCAGAAGACGCCAAUUCUACGAGGACAAUCUGACUAUGUCAUGGUCGAAGACCCGGAAGGGGAGGAAGUCCCACCACCUCUUCCAGGCAACAGGCCAAGUGCUCGGGCCCCGGCACCUAGCCGGCCUCCGCCAGCACCUGAAGGUCAGGAUAGUCUUUCCUCGCAAUGGGAGUUGCCCAACAUCCCGACCUCUACUUUGGAGUUUGGCAACGAGGACUUGUCGAUGUCAUGGACUGAGGCGGAAGCGGCACCUGCAUUGGAGGAGUCUGUCACCAUUGUCCCAAGGCCUCAACCCACCCCGGGCCCAAGGCUGGCUGAGGUAGCUGGAACUGGGAUGGAACAACAAAGGAAGAGCUCCAACGACGUCCAACUUUCCGCUGACGACUUGAUGGCGGUAUGGGGUCGUGUUGGCGUUCAAGUUUGCGAAGUUGCCACGACACUGUUUGAGAAGUCCAAGAAGGGGUUGGUUGGGGACGGGACCUAUCCUGGAUUUGUCCGCGUUGUGUUGAAUGAGGUUCCGAAUGCGGCCAAGGCCUCGGAUUGGGGGUACUUGGUGUACAAGCAGACUGGGGGAGCCGUUCAGAAGCGCGCGAGCGAUAUUAUGCCUGGUGAUCUGGUUGAGUUGUCGGACGCCAAAUUCAAGGGACACAAAGGUCUUCAAGCAUAUCAACUCAUUGUUGGCACGGAUGAGCCUGUUGUUGGUGUUAUCAGCGAAUUCGAGCCGAAGAAGUCCAAGUUGCGAGUGUUCCAAGCGAACCAACAUGUCGGUCAACAGACUGUCGAGGUAGUCAGUUAUCGUUUGGACGACUUAAAGAGCGGUGUUCUCAAGAUUUAUCGGGUUUUGGAGGCAUGA